UUCAAACAAACAGGAAGUGCCUACGGAGGCCGGGCAGGCGGCGGGGCAGGGGCCGGGCAUGAAGCCGGGCGGUGACCGGAGCGCGGACGGCGGCGGUGGCGGCGAUGAGCGACAUAGUGGAGAAGACGCUGACGGCCCUGCCGGGACUCUUCCUGCAGAACCAGGGGCUUGGUGGGCCCGCGGCCGGCAAGGCGUCUUUCUCUUCACGACUGGGCGGCCUCGUCCGCGGCAUCACCGCGCUCACCUCCAAGCACGUAGGUGCCGGCCCGGCGGGGAGGUCAGGGACGCCCAGGGGACGUCCCCGCGCUUGGAGGCCCUGGUCCGGCGGCGAGCCGACAGGGCGCGCCCUCCCGCAGGGCUCAGGGACUGCGAUUGUGUCCGUCCGUCUUUGCUUCUGUCUGGAAGCGUCACUUUCUUACCCGGAAUCAACUGUUUCUGCUCCUACAACAACUCUGAAAAUGAUGAAGGAAUGUAUGGUGAGACUUAUAUAUUGUGAAAUGCUUGGAUAUGAUGCUUCCUUUGGCUACAUACAUGCAAUCAAGUUGGCACAACAAGGAAACCUUUUAGAAAAAAGAGUAGGUUAUUUGGCAGUUUCUUUAUUUCUACAUGAAAGUCAUGAACUGUUGCUUCUCCUUGUGAAUACGGUCGUAAAGGACUUGCAGAGCACUAACCUGGUAGAAGUAUGUAUGGCACUUACUGUCGUCAGCCAGAUUUUCCCUCGAGAAAUGAUUCCAGCUGUUCUUCCAUUAAUAGAAGAUAAACUUCAACAUUCUAAGGAGAUUAUACGAAGAAAAGCUGUUUUAGCAUUAUACAAAUUCCAUCUCAUUGCUCCUAAUCAAGUACAGCAUAUUCAUAUAAAGUUUCAGAAAGCACUUUGUGACAGAGAUGUUGGGGUCAUGGCUGCUUCCUUGCACAUAUACCUUAAGAUGAUUAAGGAGAAUUCAUCUGGAUAUAAAGACUUGACUGGGAGUUUUGUAACAAUUUUGAAGCAAGUAGUUGGAGGAAAGCUCCCAGUAGAUUUCAAUUACCACAGUGUGCCAGCACCAUGGUUACAAAUUCAGCUCUUGAGAAUACUAGGACUUCUAGGAAAAGAUGAUCAAAGGACAAGUGAAUUAAUGUAUGAUGUUCUUGAUGAAUCCUUACGAAGAGCCGAGUUAAAUCACAAUGUCACAUAUGCUAUUUUGUUUGAAUGUGUGCAUACAGUCUAUUCUAUUUAUCCUAAAUCAGAAUUACUUGAGAAGGCUGCCAAGUGCAUUGGGAAAUUUGUUCUAUCACCUAAAAUAAAUCUCAAAUAUUUAGGACUGAAAGCUCUUACCUAUGUUAUCCAACAGGAUCCUACUCUGGCUCUUCAACACCAGAUGACAAUAAUUGAAUGCUUAGACCAUCCUGAUCCCAUUAUUAAGAGAGAGACUCUGGAACUUCUUUACAGAAUUACUAAUGCACAGAAUGUAACAGUGAUUGUCCAGAAAAUGCUUGAAUAUUUACAUCAGAGCAAAGAAGAGUAUAUUAUCAUCAAUUUGGUUGGCAAAAUUGCUGAGCUGGCAGAGAAAUAUGCUCCUGAUAAUGCGUGGUUUAUUCAGACAAUGAAUGCUGUCUUUUCAGUGGGAGGAGAUGUAAUGCAUCCUGAUAUUCCCAAUAACUUCCUGAGACUGCUAGCAGAAGGUUUUGAUGAUGAAACAGAAGAUCAACAAUUAAGACUUUAUGCAGUUCAGUCUUACCUCACGUUACUAGAUGUGGAAAAUGUGUUCUAUCCACAGAGAUUUCUUCAAGUUAUGAGUUGGGUGUUAGGGGAGUAUUCCUACCUCUUAGAUAAGGAAACACCAGAAGAAGUUAUAACCAAGCUCUACAAGUUACUUAUGAACGACACCACUUCUUCAGAAACAAAAGCCUGGUUAAUUGCUGCUGUGACCAAGUUAACCCCCCAAGCACACUCUUCUAGCAUUGUUGAGAGUUUAAUCCAGGAAUUUACCGUGUCUUUGGAUACUUGUAUGAGACAGCAUGCAUUUGAAUUAAAACAUUUGCAUGAGAAUGUGGAAUUUAUGAAGAGCUUGCUUCCAGUUAAUAAGAGUUGUGAAGACAUGGUGGUAGAUGCCUCCUUAUCUUUUCUGGAUGGUUACGUGGCCGAAGAACUCAGUCAGGGGGCAGCACCUUACAAACCUCACCACCAAAGGCAGGAAGAAAAACUUUCUCAGGAAAAAGUUCUCAAUUUUGAACCGUAUGGACUCUCCUUUUCUUCAUCUGGCUUCACUGGACGACAGUCUCCUGCUGGCAUUUCUCUUGGUUCAGAUAUAUCUGGGAAUAGUGCAGAGACAGGGCUGAAAGAGACAAAUAGCUUGAAGCUGGAAGGUAUAAAGAAAUUGUGGGGGAAAGAGGGCUAUCUUCCCAAGAAGGAAAGCAAAACUGGUGAUGAAACUGAAGCUCCGCCUGUUUCUCAAGAGAGUAUAAUGUUGGAGAAUGUAGAUCAAACCACAGCCAAAAAAGAUCAAUCUCAAGUCCUCACCCAAUCUAAAGAGGAGAAAGAAAAGCAGCUGCUGGCAUCAUCAUUAUUUGUGGGGCUAGGAUCAGAAAGUACAAUCAAUUUGCUGGGAAAAGCAGAUAACGUCUCUCACAAGUUCAAAAGAAAAUCAAAAGUCAAGGAAACCAAAACUGAAGAAACAACCAGUGCUUAUAAUACGACCUGUCCUUCCUUUAGUUCUUUAUCAAGUGUGACUUAUGAAGAUUAUUAUUUGGAUAAUUUGCAGGAUAGAGGAGACAAAGAAUUAAAUAAAUUUACUCUCAGUUCAGAACUUUUGGAUUCUGAAUCACUCACUGAACUGCCCUUAGUUGAGAAACUUUCAAAUUGCAGGCUAUCUAAACCUUCAUUGUUUGCGGAUAACAACAUGGAAGUUUUUCACCCUCCUCAAUUCACUGCAGCCUCAGUUGGCAAUGAAAUCUCUUUAGAUUCCUGUUUGUUGGAAGAAACUGCUGAACACAUGCAUUCAGAUCCUAUAGAUGUCUGUAAUGAUGAAAACAUGUCGGUGUCUUCUUACAAAAUUUGGAAAGAUGAUUGUUUAUUGAUGGUCUGGUCAGUUUCUAAUAAGGGUAGUUCAGAAUUGAAAAGUGCUAACUUAGAAAUUGCUCCUGCAGAAAAUUUCAAGAUCACCGAGCAACCUGGAUGCUGCUUGCCUGUAAUAGAAACAGAGAACACCAAAAUCUUUCAAUAUAGUGUGCAGAUAGAAAAACCGUUUACAGAAGGGAAUCUUUCUGGUUUUAUAAAUUAUCAAAUGAUGGACACUCAUGCUGUUCAGCUUGAAUUUUCAGUAAACUUAUCACUAUUAGAUUUCAUUAGGCCAUUAAAAAUCUCAACUGAAGACUUCGGCAAACUCUGGUUAUCCUUUGCUAAUGAUGUGAAGCAAAAUGUAAAAAUAUCAGACUCUCAAGCUGCUCUGCCUUCUGCCCUAAAGACCCUGCAACAGAAACUGAGACUUCAUGUUGUUGACAUCAUAGGCAAAGAAGGGCUGUUGGCCUGUCAGCUGCUCCCAUCCAUCCCUUGCUUACUGCAUUUCCGAGUUCAUGGUGAUGUAUUAGCCCUAUGGUUCAGAUCCUCCUGUCCUACUCUUCCUGACUAUUUAUUGUAUCAGUGUCAAAAGGUGAUGGAGGGAUCCUAGCGGAAGCUCUGUUUAUAUUUUACUCCAUCAAAAUAAAUGGUUUACAUAGAUAACCUAUUUACCAAAGUAAAAAGAACUCAUGGUACUUAUAAUGAAAAUGGGGAUUAUUACAAGUUUUGGUUUUAUGUGUGUUCUUUAUGAUUCCUGAUCAAGAAAGAUCCCCAAGAAACUGUAUCCCUAACCACUUACUCAGGAUUGUACAGUAUGUUUGGGUCCCAUGGAGUGACCUAAGCUAAUGUUAUAAACUGCUCAUGAUUUAUAUAUCACUUAGUGUAGAGGGACUGAAAAUAUUUAUUUUGUUAUAAGUAAUUUUAUAGCCGAUUUACUCUAGUGCUAGCUGAUUUGUAGUAAAGCCAAGUCUGAGUUCUCUGCAUUAAUGGAGAAGAGACAUGGAAUUAAUAAUUCCAAACCUAAUUCAUAUUUGGCUUUGGAAUGCAGCAUAUGCUUUUUGGUAGACAAGUCAUUACUUUCCAUUAUGUUCUGCUUUAAUCAGUGUUGAACUAAGUUGGCACAGCACACACUAAGUUCAAGAGAUCCAUGAGCAUGCUAGACAUUGGGAGAUCCAAUUUAUGAGAUAGUUUCUAUUAUAAAUAACUUGAUAUACAUAAUUGCAGAUAAUUUGGCUACAAAAUUUGUCUGUUUUCCACUUGCAUCUAUUUUUAAAAUUAAAAGUGAAUCAUUGUAUUCUUAUGUUAAAAACUCAGAGCCAUUUACAAAAUAUCAUAUAGAAAUAAAACCCACAAGAGCACACAGAUAUAAAAGGACUUUUUAGUUAUGGCAGAUAACUUAGUUACCACUUUGGUUCUUUUGGCAAGUUAAAAUUUGUGCUUAGGGUAUAAAUGGCAAACCAUUUUUCCUGGCCUUUGAAUCCACUACAACUCACUGGAUGCAACCGAAAUGGUGACUUAGUAUAUCCAUUCAGGUUCUUCAGUAAAUAUAUUAUUUUCAUGUUAUAGUUGUGCCUAUAUGGCCUCUGUUAGAACUAUUAUCAGCCUAACAUGAAUGAUCUACCAGAAUUUGAGAUUGUACAGUAAUGUUUUUAGUAUAUGUGCUGCCAAAGCGAGCAUGAUAUGUUAAUGUUAAAAACUGAAAUUGUAUUUUAUAAAACCUUACGGUGCUGUGGAAUUAUUUAUUAUUUCACUUUUUCUGAUACUUCACCGUGGAGACUAUUCAGGUAAUGUAGUUUUAAGUCAUUGCAAUUAAUACUCUGGUUAAUUGGUAGUGUUUAUCACCUAGGUGUGGAAUUCUGGUUUUAGGUUAUCUCAGUAAUCAUAGCUGAUCUGAAAGAUGCUAAGGAGAUUCCCCAGAGCCAAUAGAUUUCAUUAGUCAUUUAUGUUUAGUAUAAUCUUCCCUAAAAACAAUAUUUUUAAAAAUUAAUUUUUAAGUUACUCUUUUAAAAAAAUGUAAUGCCUUAUUCAUCUCAUGCUUUUAAAAACACAGUAAAAUCUUGAUAUAAGAGCAAUGAAAAGUGACUAGAACUUCCUGUGUAGGUUUCUCUUUUUAAAUAGAAGAUGAGAGUCAUCCUCAAGCUCCCAGCAGUGUCACAGUGAAGGGAAUGUGCUGUCUCUGUGGGUGUUGUGGAUGCUGGUGGCUAAACUCAUCAGCUUCCUUUUUAAUCCUACCUCUUUCAGCAGCACCCCCACCUGAUUCUGCUGUUACUCCGACAAAGAGAUGGGAAGCGCCCUCUCACUUUGCCAGAGGAAUGCAGUGUGUAGCAAAGGAGGUGCUCCCAAUAUUUCGUGUCCUUACUUCCAUGCGUUUACAUGGUUACUGAGGCUGGGUUGAGUGUGGAGCACUGGUAAGGUACCCAGCAAGCAGAUGGACAGCUAUCUGAGAGAGAUUAUAAGAGCCUACUGCUUUGUUAUAGGGAUGUUCAUUAGUGAUAGUAGCAUCUGUCAUGAGAGACAUGCUUGACCUAUAGAUAUGUCUAAUGGUGGGAGAUGUGUAUUGGUAGGUUAGGGCUGGGAGCAGGAUUUUUGGGUCUGCCAAAGGGAACAUGGCAACACUUUUGUUCUUUCUGAACCCGCUAAAUAAAAAAUAGAGUAACAGGUUUCUACUGAAAUGUUUAGUAGAAUGUUUACAAUUUUUAUAUUUUUAUGGUUUUAAAAACAACAGUAGUUAAGUUCCAUAUCAGACAUCACCAACUUUUUUUGUAUUGUGUGAGACAUGACUAUAAAAUAGGAAGAAUGGUUACUAUUUGUAGAUCAUCUCCUUACCUUAUAGUCAAAAUUUAGUGAAGUGAAGGGGCAACAUAUAGAAUAAAAGCUAUGGGGGUGGGGUUACUCCGCUGUGUGAAUUCUGUGCCAGGCAUCUUUGCUGAGAAUGCAGGAGACAGAAAGUGUGAAUCUGGGAGAGUAAAGGGAAGACAGGCAGCCUAAAGAGCAAGUGAGGGAAGAAAGAUCAGACUCCCAUCAGAGCAGCUAGAUCAGACUCAGAGGAAAGUAGCCCUGAGUAAGGGUCCUUCUAAAAAAACUCAGAUGGAAGCUGAGCAGUUUCUAAUUGCUUAUGUGCCAAGCAUGACAACCACAGCAUAUGCUCUGCAGAGGAGCAUUAUUUUAAACAAAAUUCUAUUAGCUACCAAAACAGUUGUGGUAAAAAUGCAGUAUUUUAUUUUUUCUUUAUUUUAUGUUGAUAAUAUUUUAAAAUAUUGAGCUAUUUUUCUUAAUUUUUAUGGAUAAAUGUGAUCUUUGUCUCAUGAUUGUGAGCCUUUAAAGUGCACUGUACCUAUUCACAUGUCUUUACGGUAUUUUUGGAGGGAAAAAUGCAAGUGACCAACAACUUAACAGGCAUUAAUUACCAUUUUGGAGUUGAAUUCUGUAAUUUUAAAAAAUUCAGUUAAACAUGUAAUAAAUACAAAGUGAUCUAUACUGUU